ACUUCUUCACUGGAGGACAAGUAAAUAAACGUCUGACUGCAAAAACGAUAUCGUUGUCUAAGGUUGUCAUUAUCGGUAGCAACGCGACAGAAAUAAUGGUUCAAUCUUGUUCAGCGUAUGGAUGUAAAAAUAGAUACCACAAAGACAAAAAUAUCUCUUUCCACAAAUUCCCACUCGCAAGGCCAGAUGUUUGUGGAAAAUGGGUAGCAGCGAUGAGGAGGCACAACUUCAAACCCACAAAAUACAGCAACAUCUGCUCCCAGCACUUCACCAAGGACUGCUUCAAACGCGAGUGCAACAACCGGGUGCUGAAAGAGAAUGCAGUACCAUCUCUCUUCAGCUUUAGCAAACUACAGGUUAAGGGGGAGUCGCUGCAGCAGACGUACCCAGCACAGGUGGACCUCUCCCUGUCCCUCCCCUCACCUGAGGCCGAGGAGGUGCCGUCGUCGCUCGCCACCCAUCCCCCUCCCGACGACCCCGGAGCCACACCCGCCGGACCCCUGGGACCGCUGGCCACAGCGGCAGCCGCGGCGGAGAGCAGCCAGGAGGAGGACGAGUCGGCCGAGGGCCUGGACGGCCUGCAGUCCAGCGCGUCGGUCUCCUGCGACCACAACUACACGGUGGAGGACUCGCUGCAGCAGAAGCGGCGCAUCGAGCAGCUGGAGGAGCAGGUGGAGCGCCUGCGCAAGAAGCUCAAGACCGUCCAGCAGCGGUCCCGGCGGCAGGAGCGCCAGCUGCAGCGGCUCAAGACGGUCGGCGACCUCCAGAAGCAGGUGAAGGACCUGGCGCUGGGCGGCGAGAGCUACGUCAUCCUGCCCAAAGAACUCUACGACGUGCUGAAGGGAAUCGAGUCGGCGGACGGCCUGUGAGGGCGGAGAGGGAUUCGCCUGACAAAAACAAAAAUGUGCACAAACAGAAACACACACACACACACACACACACACAUACACAUACAGCUUCUUUUGCUCGCUCGGAAAAAGAAGACUGCUGUGUGAUUUGCACAUCUGUGGCGUUGACAGCGCAAGGCAACAGUGAUAUUGUCAGUGUGUUGUUUUCUGAUUUUUUUUUGUAGAUGCUGAAAUAUCUCCUCUCUUUGGUCACUCAAAAAUACCCUGGAUUCAAGUGACAACAUGCCACACUUAUGAAACUGUAUCAGUAUGAGUGGGAAGUGCCAUCAGUUCAAAUAAUUGAAGGUUCAGUUGACCAAUCAAAACGAAUCCAGGGUCAUUUAGCUCUGCUGAGAUUUCCCCCUCUCUCAUGCACAACAUGCCAAACAUGGCAUUGAGAUGUGUUUGGAUUCCACACCUCCCCUUAUGUAGACUCCAAUGCACUGUACUGUAUGUUGCACAGUAUGCAUGUCCCACUAGUGUUGGCCAGUCCAGUGAAGAAAAGACUCCCUGUCUAAGAGGAACCUGGCUCAUUAAGGGAGGUCUACCACCAUCAUUGGGUAUAGGAGUUAACAUUACCAGAAUAGCAAAGGAGCAAAUACGAGGGACAUCCGGCCAUGGCCCAUGCCGUGUGCACACAUGUGCCAUGCUGCAUCACACUUGCUGCAACAGAUGGUAACGACAUGUUAACGACAUGUCAACUGUUUUUUCACGUGUCAUAGUAAAGGGUGUGAGUGGUGUUGACCAGUAUGCAGGACUCUGGUUUAGCAUGAAACCCUUACCUGUGGUUCUGUGUGUCAUGCUUGUCCAGCUGUUAUUCACUAGCACUUGGGUGUAAGCUGUGCUAGCGACCAGUGCAAAUCUAAACGGACCUCUCACUACUUGAAAAGGAAUCACUUUACGUUGAACAUUAUUUAAGGAAACCUCUACUGCCGUCAGCCGCCUUGUUCACUUUUGUAUGUCGUGUCAUUGGCCGUUGUUGUCUAAAAAAACCUUCAAUCUGUGGUUACCAAGUAAAAUGGCAUUAGACGGUUGACAGUGGUGACGUGUCAUACUGCUGUUCACCAAGAUGGCGGUUUCAGACGGUAAGUAAUCUACUUUUUUUUUUACAUGUGUAUGAGGAGUAGAAGUAUUGUAUUUCCUAAUGAGCUGUGACUUCUUCAAGAGGAAGGUGACUUGAUUUUGUCUGAUAAUGCAUUGAGUUGGGACUAUUUCAAGAGGAAGGUGACUUGACCUUGUCUGAUAAUGUACCAUGGCUUAUUUUCUGUCUAAGUAAUACUUUGCUGGCCCUUUGGGAAAUGUGAAAGCUGCUUUCUAAAGGUGUUAGUCACAGUCAAGCACCCUUACCUGCCAUACCUUUUUAUGUCAGGUUAUGACACUUUCAGUGACCUGUUGUAUGGCUCUGGUGGUGAACGCUGUAGUGCUGCACUCAGUGACGUGAAACAAAGUUUUACCAAAAAGCCAUCUGACUCGGAUGUCCUGUGACAUGUAUGUCAUAUGGUUGUUUAAAAGUAAUAACGUCACUUGACACUUUAUCAGAGAAAUCAUGUUAUGAAUAUGAUACUGGUAUUUUUUGUGAUUCUGUUAGUAUGAUGAUGUCACUGUAAGGGUGGCCUAAUGGUUACGUAAUAUGAAAUAGACAAUUGGACAAUAUAACGUUAUCUGUUUACUUCAGUAAAUCACUAAUAUGUGAAGAAGUCUGUAAUAUUUUAUUAUUAUAGAUGCAAUUAUGCACAUUCAUCAGGUUAUGGAAAUGUGACUGAUGUAGUAUACAACAUAAUGUUUAUAACUGGAAAACUUGAUUUACUUGAGUGUGACUCAUUUUGUAAAGGGCUUUGUUUCAUUGUUACUUUUAUUAUUUAUUCUCCCUCGUGACUUCUCCCCUUCACUUCAGCAGACCAACAAAAGCCAUAUUUACAAAGACAAAGCACUUGAACAUGGACCUUUUGGCAAAAAAAGGAUUUUUUUUCUUUGUGAAAACAUAGUUGCCUUACACUCUGCCUGUGCAAUCACGGAGCAUACGGACUGUUCACUCUCUCUAGUCUCUUUAAAUCAUUACGUUCUACAAUCUACUCUGCCCUUCAGCUGAAUGUAAGUCAGCUAACACUGUCCUAGUGUUAGAUAGUAUAUGAAUGAGUUUUGUAACCACUACCUUUCCCUAAAGCCAUCCAUAAUUGUGGAGAGCCACUGUAAAAGCAAACAAAUUUGUCUUGGCACAAUAUUAGCAAAUAACGACCGAGACUUGGACGCUCAUUCUAUCCAGGAGACAUAUCAGAGCUGGUUGUGAAGGUGGUUGGCUGAAUUUUAAGAAGAUGCUGGAAAUCAUGGACUUGAUUGUUAAUCUGAGAGGCAAAGGGAAAUACGCCUUGUUACUACAAAUAUCAUCCUCAUGUUUCUAGGCUUUGAUACCUGUAUGUGACAUUUACAGUAAUAGUGCCCUUACUACCUAAAUUUGAGUGUUGUAUGCUUGAAUGCAGAACGAUUAAUGUUCACAAUAAAUACUUGCAUAUUAUCCCUGA